CGUUAACCAGCAAAGAAUAUUCUUUAGGGCAAUGGCAAAGACGAAGAAGCACAAGCCGAAUCCGCGGAAGAAGAGGAAGAAGGGGAGCGAUUGCCUUGCGCUCAGCUGCUUAGAGGCGUGGUCUCGAUGCGAUGGCGCUGUGUUGGUGGAUCUACACUGCCACACCACUUGCAGCGAUGGAUUGCUCAGCCCGCCAGCGCUCGUGGAGCGAGCUCACAAGAGAGGGGUUAAAGUUCUGGCGCUCACGGAUCACGACACCAUGGCCGGCGUCCCAGCCGCCAUCGCCGCCGCUCGGAGCUAUGGAAUGCGGAUCAUCCCUGGAGUGGAGAUCAGCUGCCGAUAUCUUUCCAGCUCCGGAGAGAUGGGAGAGCUUGUCCAUGUUCUAGCUUACUAUGGAUGCUGCGGUCCCGCUCAAGGAUUGGAGGAGAGGCUGGCUCACAUCCGCGAGGGGAGAUACGCUCGAGCGCGUAGCAUGGUGGACAAGCUCCGGGAUUUGAAGAAACCAGUGAGGUGGGAGAGUGUUCUUGAGUUUGCUGGCGAUGGAGUAGCUCCUGGACGGCCUCACGUCGCUCGGGCUCUCGUCCAGGCCGGGCAUGUUAGCAGCGUUGGCGAAGCGUUUCACAAGUAUCUCCACGAUGGCGGACCUGCGUACUCCAAUGGCUCCGAGCUUCCGGCGGGAGAAGCUGUGGAGCUCAUCAGAGAAACGGGAGGGAUUGCUGUGCUCGCUCAUCCCUGGAGCUUAAAGAAUCCCUUGGACGUUGUCAAGCAGCUAAAGGACGCCGGGCUUCAUGGAAUGGAAGUUUACAAGUCUUCUGGACGGGACAAAGCCUUUGCAGAUCUAGCUGACGCUUAUCAUCUCGUAAAGCUCGGCGGAUCAGACUUCCAUGGAACUGGCGCGGCGGACGAGACCGAUCUGGGGAAAGUGGAAGUUCCCGCCAAGGCAUUGCACGAGUUCCUCCGUGCGGGUGAUCCGGUAUGGUUGGAUUCCGUGAUGAGCAUCUUGUCGAGUUUUGCGGCAGGGACAAUCACGGCUCAAAGCCCGGAUUGUGACCGGAAAGAAGCCAAGAGCAACACAAAUACUCUAGAUUUAUCUGGAGACGCUGAGCUCCGAGUGGUUUCCAACGGGACAGCGCUGAAACUCUCGUCGUGGCUGAGUGACGAAGAGAAGCAGCGAGUGGUGGCAGCAGCAGCCGAAGCCCAUGGUCUCGACGCUAGGAUCACAGAUGGUAGAGGAGAAGUUCUCGUAACCAAGAUCACGCAGGGUGACUGAGUUGUCUUGAUUGUCCAAGUCCUUUUCUUUAAAACGUCCGGAUCCACCACUGGAAAAGAUCACCAGAUUUCAUGACAUCAUCCAGCAAGCACCUGUUCCUUGCAACGAGCCACCUCACUAGUGCUUGGACCUUCUACAAGUCCGAUUUUUCGCAAGUUCGUCUUGCACUGAGAAGAUGAGGUGUGUCUUGAAGCUGUGAUAAUGAAUGUUAACAUCACUGACCAUGUGAACAUAGUGCUAAGCUUUUGUAAGCUUUUGACAGUAAUAAAGCAUCGCUUGCCUGAUGAA